GCCCCUGGACUGGCCCCAUGCCGAGGGGCUAAAGUUCCUCGUCUUGUGGGACGAGAUCCUCCACUUCGCUGACCGCUGAACUUUGCCUUUAAGUUUGCACGCCUGGCUUGUGCGUCUCUUUCUUUUGAUCAGAUUAAGGCAACUGGCUCUGAAAAAGUUUCCUUGCCUCCCCUGCCUUUGCAUUUUGGGGCCAACUCAAUACUCAACAACCUGGUUAGGAAGGAACAACAUUAAGAGGACUAACGCCAUGGAUGUUUGCUGUUAUAUCUCCUUGAACUACUGACCAAGAUUCCUAUCUACCUGCUGCAAAGAAGUUAACUUACUUUCAGCUCAAAAACCAACCAGGGAAAAAGAGAGAAGAAGAAGAAGAGGCGAUGUCUUCCCCGGGACUGACACACGAGGAUCCCUCCCUCAAUGACAACUUGGCUUACGAUGACAACUGGUACAUGUACGGACCAAUGGCAGAGCAAGACGACAUGGUGCCUGAAGUGAUCCCAGACUGCCACCCAACCGUCCCUUUGGAUAUCUAUCACGCCUGCAUGGCUCCCGUCUCGCUGAUCGUUCUGCUGAUUCUCUCUCUAUUGGUGAAGAGAAAGAAACUCUACCAAAGUUGUUGGAAUGGAGCUCCUGGACUGUUGAGCCCUGUGCAUUUCUUGGAAGAAGAAGGAAACCGGGGACCAUCUGUUGCCGUCUUUGGCAUCCUUUUCUCUUCCCUGUGUGUCCUCGUCCUGGACAAUGACCCUUUGCCAUUCCUUUCCGAUUCUUCCACACAGUAUCGAGAGUACUGGAAGAUCAUGGCUUUGCUCUAUUACCCUGCCUUCUACUAUCCCUUACUUGCAUGUGCUACCGUCCGACACAGAGCCGGGUCCCUCUUGGGCUGCUUGCUGUCCUGGUGCCAUUGCGUGGUUUAUCUCUGGCAGAAGGUGGAAUGCCCGCAGUCGUCCAAGAUUUACAGAUACUACUCGCUGCUUUCGUAUCUCCCGAUCCUUUUGUGCCUCUUCUUCCUGAGCCUUUGGUAUCCGGCGCAGCUUGUCAAGAGCUUCAAGCAAAAGGAGAAGGUGGUGGCUGAGGAGGAACCUUGGAGCGACUAUUGCAAAGACUACCUGAAGACGAUCUUGGCGAAACGGCCGCCGAAAAGAAGCAGCAGUAUAGCCAAGCCAAGCAUCCGUUCAAGGUUCCAGGAUUACUUGCGUUCUUACGUCUACACACCUCAAGAAGAUUUCCAGCUCCCGUUGAAACUGGUCCUCUCCUUAGCCAUGGCUGUGAUUGCUGUCUAUCAGGUGGCUCUUUUGCUCCUGGUGGCCUUUGUCCCCAGCAUCCAGAUCGUGAGGUCUGGGAUGACCAAGGAGCUGACUACUCUCUUCGUCCAGUUUGGGCUGGUGCCUUCGGAGAAUCCUGCAGGGAUCCCUGGAGACAAAGAGCUGGCGACGGCAAAGCACUACAUCUGGUCAGUAGAAGUGUGCUUUGUGGCCUCCCUGGUCAUCUCCUGCCUCUUGACGUUCUGCAUGUUGAUGAAGUCGCUGGUGAAACAUAGGAUUAAUCUCCGAUUUCUGUACCGAGGGGCAGUCCUAGACAUUUUCCAUCGUCCCCGCAAACUCCAGGCUUCCCAGCAGGCCCUGGUGUGCUGGAUGUGUUUCGCUGGCUUCCAGACAGCUUUUUCCUGUUUGGGCCUCCUCAUCCAGCACAUUGUCUUCUUCGUCGGCACCAUGGGCUUCACGUUUCUGGUGGCCAUCCCCUUACAAUCGGGCACCAACGUCCACCUCUUCAAAAUUGUGGAAAAUAUGUGGCCUUUCUGGUUGACUUUGGUGGUGGCUGUGAUUGUCCAGAACCUUUUGGCUCAGUAUUACUUCCUUGACCGUGAUUGUCUACCUAAGGAGCUGAAUAACAGGCGGGCUUUGUACAUUGUGACGUUCCUGCUCUUCCCCAUCAACGUGCUUGUGGGGGUCUUGGCAGGUGGCUGGAGGUUGGUCAUGUCCGCGCUUUACAACGUCAUCCACUUCUGUCGCCUGGAUGUGAGUCUUCUGGGCCACGGGGUCGAGGUCUUUGAUCCAGGCUACCGCACCUAUUGUUACUAUUUGAAAAUCGAGGUCAGCCAGUCCCAUCCGGUGCUGAAAGCCUUUUGCUUGUUGCUCCUCCAAAGGCACAAUCCGGGCGGGUCAACGUCCUUCCAGACGGGUGAGAUGGAGGAAGGGGUCAAGCUCAUGAAGACCAAGACGCAGGCCUCCAAAACGGCCAAAUGCCAGCAGAACCGUGCCCGGUGGGGCCUGGCGUACACCCUCCUCAACAACCCUUCCCUUCUGUCCCAUCGGAAAGGUGCGCUCUCCAAUGCGAUGGCCAACGGGAUGAAAGCCAACCUUGCGAAGCCUUGAUGGCCAAUAGGAAACCAUGGACUCGCCCACUGAAAAGGUGAAUCGUGCCUUUCUUCGCGCUCCCAUCCUUGUGUUCCUCUUUCCCAUUGGCAGCUUGCUCUUCCUCGCACCUUCUUUGGUCUCUUAUGGAAGUCCUACCACGGGAGUGUGGCCCACGGGACUGGAGACGAGAGCAUCCGAUGAAUUGCGCUGCCAAAGGCAUGACGCAACCGCUGGCGAUAUUUCUCUUCUUCCUUUCCUACAGCUUCUUCACCAACGAGUGCCUCUCUGUCUCUCUUUGUCUUUUUCACUGUCGUAUAUAUGAGACUUUCUUGGCCAUGCCGGCCUUUAGAAUUGUUCAGUUGCUAGUCUUCUUGGAGAUAUGUCUCCUAAAUCAUGAUGGUUUGGUAUUACGUGGCGAGAAGGAAACGAUGACGACAAGACUGUCGGUUGCAACCACACCACGGAAUCUAACAUUGGAAGUUGGAACCGAAACAAAACGGGGAUAUUUGAAGGAGUCGGAAAUGUGGACAAUGGGUUGUCUUUGGGUGGUCAAGAGGCAUAUAAUGUAGGAGCAAAGGAUGGAAAGAGAGUCUGGAUAGACUAUUUUGCUUUUUUGAACUCCGACUUGGGUUGAGUGAACGUUUAGCAAAGAUUGAGGCCAUUUUUUAAAAAUGUCUGAACGACAUGGUGACUACUAGGUCAUGUCAACAUGGAAGGUGGGGGAGAUAUUUAAAUCAGCUUCAAUCUCUCACUCAUCUCGAUAUUGACUCAUUCCUUACAGGGAAUGUCAAAAAUAAUCUCAUGAGUUCGCUCAAGCUUGGAAAUGUUCUUUUGCGAUGCAACAAUUCCCAGUUUCCCCCAUGACAGUGGCAGAUUCUGGGAGCUGUAAACCAAAUUUUUUCAAGCUUCCUCGCUUGAUGAUCUCAAGGAGGGUUGAAUGUGGUCUUUCAUAGGGCACCCCACUCCUCUGUGUUGACUUUUGUAACACAGGAGCUUCUCCACUCCCUUUCCUUAUAGUAGGAGCUGGGAAAAGUGAGCUCCAGAACCAGCAACACUAAAGCCAUUGUAGAAUGCAGAGAGUUGAUCUCUUCUGGUGAAAAUAAUAAACGAAACUGUUACAUCCUA